AUGGGUGGCUACGCGGUGCGCAAGAUUCAUGAAGAGAAUAAGCUAAAUAUUGCACAGAAAGGAUUAACAGAUGAAGGAAAAGCAGAAUUACUGACCAAAGCAGAUUUGGUUUCGAACUUUCUCAUCUUAGAUGUCUUGCAGCGAUUUCCUCGAUUGAAGGUGGUGACCGAGGAAAAAGAUACUUCCAUUAGCGAAAAGGAUGCUGCACCUUAUCGAGCGGAUUCUUACUCUGUAUGGUUGUCAAUCCGCGACAUUCUGGCGAAAAUCCCAUCAUAUCGUUUAACUCUGUCUGAUGUUCAGAUGUACGUUGAUCCACUAGACGCAACGCAAGAGUACACAGAGGGAUUGACCGAGUAUGUGACAGUAAUGGCGUGCAUCACGUUAAAGGACGAGCCAAUAUUUGGCGCAAUUUUCAGGCCAUUCACUAAUGAAACAAAGGGAUUGACCGAGUAUGUGACAGUAAUGGCGUGCAUCACUUUAAAGGACGAGCCAAUAUUUGGCGCAAUUUUCAGGCCAUUCACUAAUGAAACA